UAUUUCAUUUACAACAUGGGAAAAUGUCUUGUUAUAACUGAAAUAAUCUAUCAAUGGAACUAGAACUUUUUCAUUGAUACUGAGGAAUUAUUGACUAAAACAGGUUAUUUUGAGUUGCUUUGUCUUAAUUCAAAUGUGCUAAAAUAUUAAUUCUUGGUAAAAUUGGGUGUUUUUACAGUUCAACGUCCAUUUUUUUCAUAAAAACUGGUUGAACAGGUAAUGCAGUGUUUCCGAUUGGACACUCAGAGCCUAUUUGUUGUGUUUUUAACAGACUUUAAGGCUCGCAUGGCUCUGCAGGAGCUGGGCAUCAGCCUGUCCAUGAUGGGCGUCGCCGGCACCAUGUUGAUCUGCGGCCUGCCCAUGUGGAAGGUCACAGCGUUCAUCGGCACCCACCUGGUGGUGAUGCAGGUAUUCUGGGAGGGCUUGUGGAUGACCUGCGUCAGCGAGUACACGGGCCAGAUGCAGUGCAAGCUCUACGACGCCCUGCUGGACCUGUCGCCGGACCUCCAGGCGGCCCGCGGCCUCGUUUGCAUCAGCCUGGUGCUGGGCUGUCUGGGGUUCCUCAUCUUCAUACUGGGAGCUCGCUGCACCAACUGCCUGGGCCACCCGCGGAUCAAAGCGCGGGUGGUGAUCGGCUCCGGCGCCAUCUUCUGCCUGUCCGCGCUCACCACCGUGGUCGCUGUCGCCUGGACCGCCAACACCAUCAUCACGGAUUUCCACAACCCCAGAGUUCCCGAGGUGCUGAAGAGAGAGCUGGGCGCGGCUAUCUACAUUGGGUUUGUGUCGUCUGGGCUGCUGUUCUGUGGAGGAGCCGUUCUCUGCGUGACCUGCCCACCAGAACCAGACAGAUUCCCGUCCAGCGGCUACAUGCUGGCCAAGACUCCCACCCGGAGCAGCUACGCCAUCAAGAACUACGUAUGAAAAGAGAAACAAAACCACAACGUCUUGACCUCUACGAACUUCUUCAACCCUUUUUAUGGUGCUUGCUCCUUAAUUAUAACUUCUACACUGCAAAACUACAAAAAAUGACCACGUAUUUUUGGUCUAGUUUCUAGCGCACAUAUGUUAGCACACUUGAAAAUCUUUCAGCAAGAUAUUAUUGGGUUAAAGCUGCAGUCUGUAAAAUGUUGAGUAAACGUGUUAAAACUGUCACCACGUUCUGACAGUUUGAGGCAAAUAAUCUGAGAAAAGAUGGAGCUCCUCCACCUCCCAAAAACAACCAAUCAGAGCCAAGAGGAGAGGCUUAGCGCUGUCAAUCAUACUUGUGUGCAUGCUGCUAAAUGUGUAAAUGGCGGAGAAACAACUUACUGUUACAGAAAAAAAAUGUUCAUCCUAUGCCAUCAGUAGUCAUGCUAACUAGCCUUAGCAUUCACAACAAGUUCUGCUGACAAGGUGAAACUGUAUCAUAGCAGAGCAAGAGAGAAAAGGGUGGAGGGAGGGGUACGCACAUGAUUGACAGCACUAAGACCCGCCUCCUGACUCCGAUUGGUUGUUUCUAGUUAGUGCUGGGAGAAGACAGAGAACCUAAUUAUUUCUGUCUCAUAUCAUGUUGUCACGACAUAGUUACAGUUUCAACAAAUAUGUAAAAAAUACUUUUUAUAAAAGUUACACACUGCAGCUUUAAGACAAAACUCAUUUACAAGUAACAUCCUGCAAGAUGUUAUUCACCCAAAAAAGCUCCUAUUUCUCUCUGAAAAGUUACUUCUAAGUCAGUUUUGUCUCAUUUCAAGUUCUCUAAGAAACUUGAAACGAGACAAAAGUACUUAGUAAUAUUUGGUGUUUUUGCAGCGAGUUUGAAA